AUAUCCGCAAAGGAUGGUGAUGGUUACCUAAACCCCUUUCAACCUCCCUUUCUUUUUUUAUUUUUUUUUUAUUUUUAUUUUUGUCCGUUGUGUUUCUUUAAUACAUGUCAGCCUUACUGUUAGAAACCUUACGAAAAGCUGAACUAGAACAGUAUUAUCAAAGUUUCUCAUCUAAUGGAAUAACACAAUUAGAAACACUGGCACAGUUGUCUAUGCAAGACUACAGUAGCUUAGGUAUCACUUCUAUCCCUGAUCGAAAAAAGUUAUUUCAGCUUGUUCAAACUCUGAGACAGGAAAUUCCUACCCUUGAAAAUGGGCUGGUUUCCACCAAGACGCCUAUUCCCACUAGUUAUCGACACAAGUCACCACCCGUCUCCAGCACAACACCUAGCAUGCCUGAUUUAUCUAACCUUGCUUUAGGUAGAAGAGGCAGUAGUCAACAACCUCUUCCACUCCCCCAGAUACCAACACGCUCUCGCUCGCGUACUUUACCCACUUCAGACAGUCAUUAUGGAAGACCUGAUUUCUCCAAAUCAAACAGCAAUAACAAUUUUCUUUCAGAGGAUAAUAAUGACGAAUCAGAUGAAUCCGAUGACUCUGAUAAGUGUGAAAUUAGACGAGGUUCAGGUCCUUUAUUGGAUCCUUAUGGAGUGCCUAUCCAAAAGUUACGAUAUAAGCCUGCUCCUCCGCCCUUCUCAGUACCUGUUGUAUCAUCCCCUCUGCAGCAAUCGCAACAGUUGAUUGGUCAAAGUGAUUUGAAUCAGAAAAUCCGUGUCUGUGUCAGAAAGAGGCCUUUAAAUAAAAAGGAGCUAGAGAGAGCCGAGAAAGAUAUUGCUCCCACUUCAGGUGUCAGAAGUAUCAAUGUCAAUGAACCAAAAAUGAAAGUAGAUUUGACAAAAUAUAUCGAGCAGCAUAAUUUCACAUUUGAUGACGUCUUUGACAGUGAAGAUACCAACGAAAAAAUUUAUCAGAGAACAGCUCAACCUUUAGUGAAAUAUGUUUUUGAUGGAGGAAAGGCUACUUGUUUUGCAUAUGGACAGACAGGUUCAGGAAAAACUUAUACCAUGUUAGAUCCUAAACUAGGUCUGUAUGUGUUAGCAGCACGGGAUGUAUUUUCGCUUAUUCGGUCUUCUCAAUAUGAACAUUUGUCUGCUUGGAUUGGAUUUUAUGAGAUUUAUCAGGGACAAUUAUAUGAUUUAUUGAAUAACCGAAAGAAGCUGUUUGCGCGUGAAGAUGGCAAACAAAAUGUUGUGAUUGUAGGCCUCAAGGAGUUUGUGAUUAAAAAUGUGGAUGAUUUGAUGCAAGUCUUUGAAUACGGAAGUCAGGCCCGUAGUACAGGUAGUACAGGUGCAAACUCGGAUUCAUCCCGAUCGCAUGCUGUCCUUCAAAUCCUUUUAAGACCCACCAAAAACCGCAAAAAAAUCAUUGGCAAACUUAGUUUCAUUGAUUUAGCUGGUAGUGAGCGUGGCGCUGACCGCGGCGAUACUGACAUGAAGACAAGAAUGGAAGGCGCUGAAAUCAAUAAGAGUUUAUUAGCUCUCAAGGAGUGUAUUCGUGCUCUUGACCAGGAUAAGAGGCACACCCCUUUCAGGCAGAGUAAACUAACCCAAGUAUUGAAAGAUUCAUUUGUGGGUAAUUCUCGUACUUGCAUGAUUGCUACCAUUUCUCCGAAUCAAUCAAACAGUGAGCAUACCCUAAAUACGUUACGUUACGCAGACAGAGUCAAAGAACUAAAAGGAGAACGGGAUAGAAGAGCCCUUGCUCCCGACACUAGCACAAUUGAGGAAAGUAAUGUCAUGCAUCAGCGUCAAAUAUCCUCCUCAGAAGAAUACACAAACGAAGACGAGUACCCUGAUGAAUACCCCGAAUCAGACGACCCAGAGUUAUACAAUGACGGAGAAGAUGAGGAUCUACUCUUAAAUGACGAGGAUUUCCUUAGUGAUGGCGAUUUGAAUAUCUUGAACGAAGAUUUUUCUCAAGAAAACCACCAUCAUGCUCGCUAUGAGCAACAACAGCAACAGCUGUUAAUGCAACAACAACAGCAGCAGCAACAAAUGUUACAACAGCAAAUGCAACAACAGCAACAACAACAACAGCAACAACAACAACAGCAACAGCUACAACAGCAGCAACAGUUACAGCAACAGUUACAGCAGCAACAUCACCGUAGAAGUUUCGAGCCUUCCCCUCCAUCUAGAAUACCUCCCACAGAAAACAAAUAUACACGUAUCCCACAAGAAAUGCCAUUGAUAUCGUCAUCCCCCGAAUAUAUCUAUGAAAGUCCACAAGCCAAGCCUCAGCAGCACCAGCAGCAACAGCAGCAGGAAGACAAUAAUAGCGAUUUUACGACUCAAUUAGAAGACUGCCUAUUUUUUGAUCCUAACACCAUUGAAUCAUUUAUCAAAUUUCAUCGUGCUCAAAUCAGAGAAGUGACAGAGUUUUCCAAGAAAGAGACCAAGUUGUUAGCUAAUUUCUCGCUGGGAUUAUCUAGUCGACGUGAUGAUGAUGAGCGUCAAGGAGUGUCAUUGAGAGAAGAGUUGAAGACGUCUAGCGAGUUUAUUGGUUACUUGGAUAAUUUGGAUGAAGUGCUAGAGAUGAAAACAGCUGCUAUCGAAGCUUUAAGAGAUAGAAUUCGACAUGUGCUGGGCGAAGAAGAGCUUUAAAACCUAAAUAUUCCCCCUCCUCAUUCCCUCUUAAACCCCUCAAAGAAGAACUAUCCCCCACCACUCACCCAUUUUUAUAAGCAUUAAAUUUCCUU